AUGACCUCCUCGAAAGCGCUUUUCACUCCCACUCUUGCGGCGAAUCUGUCAAGUGCAGCUAGGAAAGGCCUGUUUUCCUCGACUGCCACCGCUGCGGGUCUGAGGGCCAGUUGUGCAGCCAUCAGACCGUUCGAUGCGCAGUCGAGACGGAACUUCUCUGCCUCCCACAGAGCACAGCUCGAGUUCUUCCCACCUCCCAAGAACCUCCCUCAUAUCAAACUGACUCCUGCACCAUGGCCCCAUCCGACGGCAACAGAGGACCAACUCAAGAAGAUUGAGAUUGCUCACAGGGAUGUGCGAGGUGUCUCGGACUGGCUUGCAUACAACACGGUACGCUUUCUGCGAUGGGGCACCGAUCUCGUCACCGGGUACCGCCACGAUCCCAACAAACCUUACGUGAUGAGUGAGAGGAAAUGGCUGGUCCGUUUCAUCUUCCUCGAGACUGUCGCUGGUGUACCGGGAAUGGUGGCCGGGAUGCUUCGUCAUUUACGGAGUCUUCGGGCCAUGAAAAGAGACAAUGGAUGGAUCGAAACAAUGCUCGAAGACGCAUAUAACGAGCGGAUGCACCUCCUGACGUUCCUGAAAAUGGCCGAGCCCGGAAUGUUCAUGAAAUUGAUGAUCCUUGGUGCCCAAGGCGUCUUUUGCAACGGCUUCUUCAUCGCCUACCUUUUGUCCCCUAAGACCUGCCACCGCUUUGUUGGUUAUUUAGAAGAGGAGGCGACCAAGACCUACACCUAUGCCAUUGAAGACCUCGAGAGCGGCAAACUGCCCGGCUGGGAGAAGCUCCAGGCACCGGAGAUUGCCAUCAAGUACUGGAACAUGCCGGAAGGGAAGAGGACCAUGAAAGACCUUCUAUACUACAUCCGAGCAGACGAGGCGAAGCACCGAGAGAUCCAUCACACUUUGGGCAAUCUCAACCAGGCCGAAGACCCCAACCCGUUCGCCUCCGAGUACAAAGAUCCAUCUAAGCCUCAUCCUGGCAGAGGUAUUGAGCACAUCAAGUCGAAAGGCUGGGAGCGAGAAGAGGUUAUCUGA